UGUCUGACUGGUUAGUCCCGUCUGCUGGCUUGACUCUCACUGAGCUCUGAGACAUCUCAGCUCAUCUUCAACAUAUCAAACGCAGAAGGACAGCUUCCUGGUAGCAGCUGUGGAGUUACUUAAGAGUUGAUAGUGGACAUGGAACACAGGCAGAAUGGAGAGGGCAUGGCUCUGAAUAAACUGGGAGACAUAGAGGCACUGACAGCCCCCUCUGGAAAAGUGUAUCGCCCCAUCAACUUGAAUCACUAUGCCACUAAGAAGAGUGCAGCUCAGAGUAUGCUGGACGUUGCCUUGCUGAUGGCCAACUCGUCCCAGAUGAAGACCGUUCUGUAUGUGGGACCUCGAUACCGUUUCUACAUCCCCCUCAUUGUCCUGCUGUCUCUGUCCAUCACGUUGCAGGUCAUAGUGGGGCUGCUGCUCGUCUUCAUCGUGAAGUAUGAUCUUAACGAUGUGAGGAAACAUGCAAAGUUGAACAGGAUGAACAAUGUGGCAACAGUCUUUGUCUUCUUCACCGUCCUCAUCAACAUCUUCAUCACAGCGCUUGGAUUUGAGGGGCAUGCUGUCAGGUCAUUCGAGUCACCUGCCCUGUCAAUACCAGAGCCUCACAUUAACCCUCUGCCCAUCGACCUCAACAUGACUGGCGGAAUUUAGACCAGUUUUUGGACAGAACAAAGGCAAUGCCUUGCUCAUGUGUUACCUCAAAGCCUAGAAAUCUAAGGGUUACACUGUAACUGUAUCAAAUAUCCCUGUUAAAUUACAGUGAACUACGGGCAGAUGUAUUCACUGUUAUUCUACAGUGUACCUUCUGUAAACUACAACAACAACUUAACAUUUACAGUACUGGGCCGUAUGGAAGAUAUACCUCACAAUACAAUACUGUAUACACUACAGCUGUUUGGUUGCCAUUAUACUAUUAUUUAAGUGUUCCUACUGUAAUCUCCAUAAACACUUUAUUAUUGUAAAAUGCAUUCAAGUACUGUAGAAUGUGAUCUUAUCAGUCUAAAACUGCUAGAAACUAUAUAUUUAAAGAGUGCUACAUCUGUUUUCCACAUUUUUAUAUUUAUAGAAAUGACUGGGACAAGAGAUGGCCUUUCAGCAUCAGGCUUUUAUCAAAGCCAAUGCAGUAUCAACCCAUUCAUUAACUGAGUAAGUAACUGUUAAUUCAUUGUACAGGACAAUCCAUAAAACACCACUCCUCAUUCAGCAGGUUCUCCAUCUGAAUGUCCAAGUCCAUCUACCCUGAACUGUUCUGACAACAAAUGGCCAUAUAACAGUACAUUUAUUAAGGCCACUGCAUCAAACACUUUCAGUAGCUUACAAAUUUCCAGCAAUAAAACUUCUUGUAAAGUAAAAUCUGUACAAACAAUUAAUCAUGUCAAACAGGCUCUCAGCAAUCUAACAACUUGCAUACCUCACUUAAUGUGCCCUGCCUUCAGACUUCACUGCCUGAUUAUACUGAACAGAACACAAUGCUGAGACCUGCUACCUGGAAAUGACUGGGUGCAGUGAGGGCUGUUCCUCCGCCCAACUCAAAGUCAAUGAGGUUAUUUAAAGUGGCCACAUGGAUAUUCACAGUUGUUGCCUUUUUUUUUCUGGACAAGCCUCCCUGACUUCUUGGACACCACCUUCUCCUGGCUGGCCUUUUGUUCCCCUCUACAGGGUUUAUACCAAUGAAGCACCUAAACAUGUAAUAACAGAGAAAGCACAUAAUAUAUUGGGUGCAGUAUGGUAAGGAAAGAUUUGUUGCACUUGAUACAAAACCUCAUCGCAUUCACCAAAUCAAAAUUCUAAGAUGUUUUCUCAUGAUAACGACCUCCGUGUCUCAUAAAGACGAGAGAAUGAUCCCAUUUGAUCAAACUAUUUUAUCAUUAUGAGACAUUAAACAUGAUUACAACAGACCAGUAUCUGAGUCAUGUUUAUAUCAGCUUUGGUUUGAGGCAUUAGGCAAAUACCCUCUAAAAUGUUAUCCUUAAACGAUUUCAGAACAGUAUUUUGAUGUAAAAUAAACACCAUUAUGAUCAGACAGAAUGAUGCUUUGAGGCACUUCCGUGUUCCGUGUGAGGUGGGACGUAAAGAGAGAAAAAAAACGUAGUGUGAUAAUACAUUUGGUCUGAACCCAACAUUUCACUUAAAUGAACAAGCUUCAGCUCACUCAGACAAUCUUUCUACAAUCUACAGUCGUGUAGUGCUGCCUGGUCAGAGAGGGUCUAAAUCUUCCUCAGUUCUUUCUCUUCUUGUUAUUCUUGCGUCAACAUGGAAUACAUUCACUGAUCCAUAAUAUUUUACAUCUAUUUUUCUUUUUGUUACUAUUUUAUGUUGACUGUGUGCUAAAUGUGAUGGUGGGACUAUGCACAGAAGAGUUAUGGGUGGACUUGAGCAACAAAGUCAGUCAAAAAAUACUGUAUGACACUGAGAUUGUACAGUGGCUUGCAGAUAAGAUAAGGUGUUCCUUCCCCCUGGGAGAAAUCAGGUAACACAGCAGUACAGACAGAAAUAAGUAGCAGAGAACAAAAUAACAAUUUGAAUGAAAUAUAAUAAAAACUAUUAGAGUAAAAUUAAGUAUAGUGUUGUUGUGUGUAUGUGUGACAUGUGCAAUAUAUAACAAAUGUGCCUGUGUAAAUGUGCAAUGUGCAGGGUGCCUGAGAUAUUAAAUAACAACAGAAAAGUCUGGGCUGCCUGUUGAAAUGAUGAGUUUUCAGGUGAAGAUUUCAACCUUUGAGUGGAA